AUGCCACCGAAUCCGGACUGGGUGAAGAAGCUGAAGCCGGCGGAGCCGCAAGGCGCCGACCUGCUGGCCAGCGAACGCGCCUCUAGCAACAUCAAUGUUGACCAGCUGGCCGACUACAUGUUCACCAAGCAGACGCUGGCCAUGCGGGAGCGCAUCCUGGGAAUCCUGUCCAACGACCCCGUCUUUGACAAGUCCCAAAACUACUUCCAGGGCCGCGAGGACCGCAUCAAGGCCUCGCUGGCAAAGGGAAAGCGCCUGCAGCAGCUGUCAGUCCAGCACAAGUGGACGCAGGAGGAGUAUCAGUGUGCCAAUGAUCUGUUGAGCGAGCCAACUCCAUACGGCCUCCAUGCCACCAUGUUUCUCGUUACCCUGCGCGAGCAGGGCACGCCCCAGCAGCACGAGCUCUUCCUCAAGAAGGCCGAGAACUACCAGAUUGUUGGCUGUUACGCCCAGACCGAGCUGGGACACGGUUCCAACGUCAGAGGUCUAGAGACAACGGCGACCUGGAACCAACAGGACAAGACCUUUACUAUUCACUCGCCACAUCUCACCUCGUCCAAAUGGUGGAUCGGCUCCCUUGGCAAGACGGCAAACCACGCAGUCGUCAUGGCCCAGCUCAUGAUUGACGGCAGAAACUAUGGCCCGCACCCCUUUGUGGUCCAGAUCAGAGACCUCAAGACCCACGAGCCGCUCGAGAAUGUCCACGUUGGCGACAUUGGCCCCAAGUUUGGCUACAACACCAUGGACAAUGGUUUCCUCUUGCUCAACCAGGUCAAGGUGCCGCACGUCAACAUGCUGGCCCGAUUCUCCCACAUAGAUCCCGAGACCGGCAAAUACAAGCGGCCGUCGAACCCCAACUUGGUCUAUGGCACCCUGACCUUUAUCCGCAGCAGCAUUGUGCUCCAGUCGGGCGCCACCCUCGCCCGCGGUGUCACCAUUGCCACACGGUACUGCGCCGUUCGCCGACAGUUUCAAGACCUCGACGCCAAGGGCUCCGACGUUGGCGAGAACCCCGUGCUCAACUAUACCAUGGUGCAGGUCCGCCUGCUGCCUCUUCUCGCCGCCACGUAUGCCCUGCACUUUACGGGUCGCAACAUGAUCCAGAUGUAUCAAGAGAACCAGAAGCGCAUGGCGGCGGGCCGCGAUGCCGCCAAACUCAGUGAUGCGAACCGCCGGCCAGGCCCUGAAGAGCUGAACCCUGGCACCGACCUGCUGGCAGACCUGCACGCGACCUCUUGCGCCCUCAAGGCCUACGGCAGUACCGUGGCCGGCGAGGGUCUCGAGGUGUGCCGCCGUGCUUGCGGUGGUCACGGCUACAGCUCCUUCUCCGGCAUCGGCACCUGGUACGCCGACUACCUGCCUACGCUGACGUGGGAGGGUGACAACUACAUGCUCACCCAGCAGGUGUGCCGAUACCUGCUCAAGUCGGGUCGGGCGGUGCUGUCGGGCAAGGCGGGCGACAACGACACGACGCGCAUCCUCAAGGCGUACCUGGCCCGCCGCGACGUGGGCGCCUCGUUUGACGUGCUGGCGUCGGACACGGAGCUGGUCGAGGCGUUUGGUUGGCGAGUCGCCCACCUGACGUUCGAGGCGCUCCAGCGACGCGACGAGGAGAAGCGGCCGUGGAACAGUCUGCUGGUCGACUUCCACCGCCUUAGCACGGCGCACGCCCAGUACAUGGUGGUCAAGUCGUUCCACGACGCCCUGGUGCACGACGAGGCGACCAAGAGCUCGCUGGACCGCCAGACCAUUACCAUCCUGCACAGCCUGUUCCGCCUGUUUGCGCUCAACACGCUGGAGCGCGAGGCUUCCGAGUUCUUCUCCAGCGCCGCCGUCACGGUGCGCCAAAUCACCCUGGCCCGCCGCGCCGUCAUGAAGCUGCUCGAGGAGAUCCGCCCCCACGCCAUCCGCCUCGUCGACGCCUGGAAGUUCUCCGACUGGCAGCUCGACUCGAGUCUGGGCCGCUACGACGGCAACGUCUACCAGGACAUGUUCUACCGGGCCAGCGAGCUCAAUCCCCUGAACAAGGUCGUCUUUGACCCAUACCCAAACAGCAAUGUCCUAUUCAAGAAGGACGAGAGGGUCAAGAGCAAACUAUAG